AUGAAGCUAUCCCAACCCAAACUUGCCGAACCCAAGAAAGGCAAUGACGAUCAAAACCAUGGACCAUCGCCUUCACCAUCGAUUCUGUCGGGGCCCGAAAAAAUCCUGUCGAUUAUCAUCGUCACCACCAUGACUUUUCUGGGUCCGGCACCGAUGAGCAUUUACUUUCCCAUCCUGAGUAGUUUGUCGCGAGAUCUGCACGUCUCCCCCAGUCGAAUGAGCCUUACCAUCACCGUGUACAUGAUUACCCAAGCCCUCUUCCCUCUGUUAACGGCGAGCUUUUCGGACCAACGUGGACGUCGACCGGUCUUCUUAGUCUGCCUGACGGUAUAUCUCGGCGCCAACAUCGGCCUCGCGUCACAGACCAGCUUCGCCGCACUGAUGGCGCUACGCUGCCUGCAGAGCUUCGGCGCCAGCAGUCUGUCCGUGGUGGGCAUCGCUGCCAUGACGGAUAUCAUCACCCGUGCGGAACGUGGGAAAUACCGCAUCUACACAUCCUCCGGCUACACCUUGGCCAGUCUGCUCGGCCCCGUCAUGGGCGGCCUCCUCGCACAAUUUCUCGGGUGGAGAAGUGUGUUCUGGUUCCUGGCCAUAUUUGCCGGGGUCAUGCUCCUUCUCAUCCUGAUGUUCUUGCGCGAGUCGUGUCGCACGGUGGUACGCGACGGGAGUGUGCCACCGCAGCGCUGGAACCGGGCUCUGAUCGACUGGAUGCAUCCACUCGAAUACUGUUCCGAAUCGCCCCCUCAACCCGGUUCGACUUGCAGGCGCGGAGUCCUCGAUACCAUCCGACUCCUCGGCAGCUGGCAGACUGGUUUGCUGGUGGCGUCCCAGGCUGUCCUCUUCUGCGGCUCCAUGGCCAUCUUCGCCAGUAUCCCGCUGCUCUUCCAGCGCAAAUACGGCUUCCAGAUCUGGCAGAUUGGGCUUGUCUACGUGCCAUAUGCCGCCGGUGGAUUCGCCGCACGCUGGAUAGUCAGUCAUCUCACGGCGAAGAAUAUGCGGCGAUACCGCCGUCACAUCGGCGCGGAAGUCAUAGACCCCCGGGAGUUCCCUUUCGAGCGCGUCCUCUACCUGGCUGGUGCCUGGGUGAUUGUCUACGGCUGGAUUAUGCAACGGGAUGUCCAUGUGGCCGGCCCGCUGGUGGUUCUCUUUUUCACCGGCAAUGCCACCACGGGGGCGAGUGUCGGACUUACUGGGUUGCUGCUGGGAAUUCAUCGACGCCGGCCCGCGAUGGCGUUGGCGGCGGCCAAUAUGGCACGGUUCCUGUGCGCUGCUGGCGCAGUGGCGGCUAUCAUCCCUGGAAUCAAGCUGAUUGGCAUCGGCUGGAUGGGGACAGUGGUAGCUGGUAUAUACCUGAUGAUGUCGGGGAUGUUGUGGGUGGUGUAUUAUCAUGGACAGCGCAUGCGACCCAGCAACUUGAAGAAGGGUAUUGGCCUGCUACAAAGAGCAAAUGCAUGA